UUCAAGAAAUAAUAGCAGAAAUGAUAAAAACAAAUACUAUAAAUAUUCCAGAACAAACUGAAAUGAAUCAAUUUUUUAAUGAUAAUAAUCAAACUAAUUAUUCAACAGAUAAUGAAUUAGAAUAA